AUGUUGGUUUAAAUAUCAGGUUUAAGUUAGAAAUAUUAAACUAUUGAGGUUAAACUUUCCAACCCCUACAACAACUUUUAUAGAAUUUCCUAAUUGAUAGAUUACAAUAUAAAAUAAUUUAAAAAAAAUUUAUUCAAUUUUUUAAUGAAGAUGAAUAUUCUUUUAAAAUACAAAAACUCUUAAUUAUAAAAAAAAAAAUAGGUAUUGUAAAGUUUACCUAGAUAGCAAAAACAAAGAUGUAUUUUCAUAAGCUACGAUAUAGAAAAAUCAAAGGCUUAGGCCUAGUUUUUCUUAUGGCAUUUCACUCUCCUUAUAUUAAAAUUAAAUUACAUCUAGGUGUUCCACCAGUUUAAGGAAUAAAUUAGGGGUUUGACAGGAACUUAUUGUACAUUUUACCCAAAAGCAUUUAACUUAGGUUCUUAAAGAGUAUAAUAUAAUGUCUAAUUUGGCCUAUCCUAAUAUGAUGUUUUAUUUAAUGAGACAACUAUAAUUUAGAUAAUCUAAUAAUUUCCUUUAAUUCUACUAGUGAUUAAGAUAUUGUUCUUCAGUUUUCAAUCUAAUGAGAAAGUGUUUCAGUUCCUUAAUAUAAAUUGA